AAUCUGUGACGGAAUCAAACAAGUAGAGAAAGUUGGUGAAGGGCGCUGGCCAAUGGUUAGUGGUGUUACAUAUUCGGUGUGACACCGGUUGUUAGCAACGUGAUGGCCAACGUCUUCUCUUUAAUUUUGCCCGUCUCCUACGUGUCCCAGCUUCGAGCAAUCGCCACCCCCGGAACACCAUUUAUGUCCCAGAAGACGACAUAAAAUAGAUUGCAGGAACGAAACCGUCGUCGCUGCCAACCGUAUUUGUGAAGAAUCCCCUAUUUUCUUCACGGCCAGACCAUGUCUUCCUUCCUCGUUGACUCCCUGGUCAUGCUUUUCUCUCAAGUGCUGUUUUUUGCUGGAGGCUGGGUAUUCUUUUUAAAACAGUUAUUUAAAGAUUAUGAAGUUCAUCGGUCAGCCAUCCUUCUGGUUUUCUCCAUCACAUUUUCUUUAUGCUGUACAAUGUUUGAAUUAAUUAUUUUCGAAAUACUCGGAGUUUUAGAUGCAAGUUCCAGAUAUUUCCAUUGGAAGCUGGGCCUUUAUGCAAUUUUAUUUGUCCUUAUUGCUGUCCUCCCUAUGCACAUAGCCUACUAUGUUGUCAGUACGAUACGAUUAGUUCCUCAGAAGAAACAUGUACAGAUGAUCUUAACAGGAGUGACGUGGUGGAUAUUUCUCUAUUUCUUCUGGAAAAUUGGAGAUCCAUUUCCUAUUCUUAGCCCUAAACAUGGAAUCUUCUCCAUAGAGCAGUGUAUCGGACGGGUUGGUGUCAUUGGUGUGACCAUAAUGGCCCUUUUGUCAGGGUUUGGUGCUGUCAACUGCCCCUACACGUACAUGUCUUACUUUGUCAGGCACAUCACAGAUUCGGAUAUACAGAGCAUUGAGAAAAGACUCAUCCAAACCAUGGACAUGAUUGUGAUGAAGAAAAAACGGAUUGCGUUAGCCCACAGAGAUAACCUCCGACAAGCUGCUUUGAACAAGAAUCAAAGAGGUUUGUUUGGAAUGUUCCGUGCCACUACAUCUAAAGCUACCACCGAAAAUGUGUCACAGUUAAAAGAUGAGACUUACGCCCUUGAAGAACUUAGUCGACAGUUGUUUCUGGAAUCGGUUGAUUUACACAAUACUCAGGAACGAAUCGAAGAAUCCAAAACUCUGAAAGGAAAAUACUUCAAUUUUCUUGGAUAUUUUUUCUCAAUUUAUUGUGUUUGGAAAAUUUUCAUGUCGGCCAUCAACAUCAUCUUUGACCGAGUGGGUAAAGUUGACCCGGUCACUCGAGGGACAGAGAUUGCAGUCAACUACCUUGGAAUACAAUUUGAUGUAAAAUUCUGGUCUCAGCAAAUAUCGUUUUGGCUCAUUGGAAUAAUUAUCAUCACAUCCAUCAGAGGACUCCUAAUCACACUCACCAGGUUUUUCUAUGCGAUUGCCAGCAGCAAGUCUUCCAAUAUAAUAGUCCUGUGUUUGGCUCAAAUAAUGGGAAUGUAUUUUGUGUCUUCAGUGCUUCUAAUGAGAAUGAAUAUGCCAGUAGAAUAUCGAUCAAUUAUAACGCAAGUUCUUGGAGAAUUACAGUUCAGUUUUUAUCAUCGCUGGUUCGAAUUUAUCUUUCUAGUGAGUGCCCUGUCCAGUAUUGGUUUUCUCUACAUUGCUCACCAACAGGCACCAGAAAAGAACCUUUUAUGAUUUUUCCUUCAUAAACUAUUUAAAAAACAACAUCUCACCUUUUUUUUUUUUUUAACACAAGAAAGAUUCCCAUAUUUUUCUUCUUUCAGAUGCUACAGACAUUGAGUUGUUUCCCUUAGCAUUUGACAAACGUCUAACAUCACAUGCUCUCUCUCUCCCCAAUUUCCUGCGCCCUUUUAUCCCUGUUUUGUUAUGUAAAUAUUCAAGGCUGUCUUUCUUUAGAAAUUAAAAGUCUGUUUCCUCCUCUUCUGCUUCUUCCGAUGCUGCAUCGACCAUCACCAUUAACGGUGCAUGAAAUCUCUUGGACCGAACCAUGUCCAUUCCUUGUUAAAAGUCAUUUGUAUAAAAAUCUUUUCUCUUCAUCUCUGAUCGUUGUUACUUGAAACAAGGGACAUUUCCUGUUCCGUCUCUUUUGUAUUGUCCGUAAUAAACUGCUGACCAUCACUGGAAA